CACACACUCGACGGCCUUCCUACAACAACUCUUUCUCUCUCAAGGAAGGAGACCUGUGAAAGAAAUUUCUGUUGCUGUCUAACUUGAUCAAGCUUGUGAGCUGCAAUCGAGAUGUCGGGACAUUUAGAUCGCCCCUCGGAUCAAAGCCCCGAGAAGAAUGAUGUGGAUAAUCUUGAUGAUGAGAAGAAAACUAGGAUCGGGUCCCUCAAGAAGGCGGCAAUCACUGCCUCUAACAAGUUUAGGGACUCAAUUUCUAGAAGGGGCAGGCGGAGCAGCAGAGUCAUGUCCGUUGUGCUCGAGGACGAGCAUGAUGCUGAGGAGGCGCAGUCCGUGGAUGCAUUUCGCCAGGCGCUUAUUCUAGAGGAGUUACUCCCUGCAAAACACGAUGACUUUCAUAUGCUAUGA